AUGUCUGAAAGACCAAUUUGCAUUGCUGAUUUUGAAAAGUUUGCUAAGAAAUUUCUUCAAAAGUCUGUGUACGAUUACUAUAAGUCUGGGGCUGAUGAUCAGCAAACCUUAGCUGAAAAUGUAGCUGCAUUUUCAAGAUUAAGACUAUACCCCCGGAUGUUGAAAAAUGUGUCAACCUUGGACCUGUCAACUUGUGUCUUGGGAGAGAAAAUCAGUAUGCCAAUAUGCAUUGCAGCCACUGCCAUGCAGUGCAUGGCUCAUGCAGAUGGGGAAAUUGCAACUGCUAGAGCCUGUAGGUCAGCAGGAACAGGGUUGAUGCUGAGUUCAUGGUCCACAACAUCUAUAGAAGAAGUUGCUCAGGCAGCUCCAAAGACAAUUCUCUGGUUGCAGCUGUAUAUUUAUAAGGACCGGCAGGUCACCAGGUCUUUGGUGCGUCGGGCUGAAAAAGCUGGAUACAAAGGCAUUUUUGUGACUGUGGACACCCCGUAUCUCGGAAAACGCUUAGAUGAUGUACGCAACAAGUUUCAUCUGCCUCCGCAUCUCAGAAUGAAAAAUUUUGACACCAACGAUCUGGCAUUUUCAUCCGAAAAGGGUUAUGGUGAAAACAGCGGUCUGUCUGUUUAUGUAGCAGAGGCAAUUGAUCCAUCAAUCAACUGGGAUGAUUUGAAAUGGCUCAGAGGACUGACUUCAUUGCCCAUUGUUGCUAAAGGAAUCCUCCGAGCUGAUGAUGCUAGAGAAGCAGUAAAGCUUGGCGUAAAUGGGAUUCUGGUAUCAAAUCAUGGCGCACGUCAACUGGAUGGUGUUCCAGCUACUAUUGACGUCCUACCUGAAAUAAUAGAUGCGGUGGAAGGGAAAACUGAAGUAUUUCUAGAUGGUGGAAUAAGAAGAGGCACAGAUGUUCUCAAAGCCCUGGCUUUUGGGGCCAAAGCAGUCUUUGUAGGAAGGCCUGUAAUCUGGGGUCUUGCCUACCAGGGCGAAGAUGGUGUGAAGGAAGUUCUUCAGAUAUUGAAAGAAGAGUUCAAAUUAGCAAUGGCGCUCUCUGGUUGUCCAAGUGUAGAAGCAAUAGACAGAACAUUGGUACGGAGAGUUCAGUGGGAAGCUUCCAAGAUGUAG